CAAAGCUGUCAUCCUGAGCGCUGCCGAGACGACGGACGGCUCAAUCCCUAAACGCCCGGAUGAGAGCAGCAGCGGCGGCGGCAGCAGCAGGCGACAUUCAGGGCAACAUGGUCGCAUGAAGUCGGCCGAGGGGGGCAACCACCAUUCCUGAAGGAGGGGAGAAGCGAGCGACACGGCCACUGCUGGAAUCUGACAUUUUUCUUUUCCUUUUUUUUCGACGCAGCCCACGUAGAAACGGUUCUGGGAGAAUACAGGCUGAGAUCUAGAGGCGUGGAGGCGAAGAGGAACGGCACAGUUCACCCCCCUUCUUCAACGGUGUCCUAUUUCGUCGGUGAAGGAUCGUGCAGACAGGCUGUCUCACACUAAGCUAUGGAAUGCUCUCUGCUCCCACCAUCACUAGUCUCCAAUCUUUGGACUGAGCUCCAAACGCUUAGUUAGCGGCUGUGCUUCUCCCCUCGAACUCUUUAUAACCAGGGGACGAAGAAAAAAGGAGCGGGCUUAUUAAGUCCUCCUCUACCAACGCACAGAGCACUUCUUCUUCUUUUCUUUUUAGAAUAUUUAAGCUAGGUUGUUUUAUUUUUUCUCUGCUUGAAUUUUUUUGUCGUGGAGAAUCAAGAUGGAUCUGGAGUCGUACCUGUGGAUGGUGAUUAUUGGCUUCAUCAUUGCCUUCAUUCUGGCGUUUUCGGUGGGCGCCAACGACGUGGCCAACUCGUUCGGCACGGCGGUGGGCUCCGGCGUGGUCACCCUGAAGCAGGCCUGCAUCCUGGCGUCCAUCUUCGAGACGCUGGGCUCGAUGCUGCUCGGGGCCAAAGUGGGAGAGACCAUCCGGAAGGGCAUCAUAGACGUCAACCUCUACAAUGAGACGGUGCCCGUGCUCAUGGCCGGCGAGGUCAGCGCCAUGGUUGGGUCAGCAGUCUGGCAGCUAAUCGCCUCCUUCCUCAAACUGCCCAUCUCCGGGACUCACUGCAUUGUUGGUGCUACCAUCGGCUUCUCCAUGGUCGCCAUCGGCACAAAGGGCGUACAGUGGAUGCAGCUUGUUAAGAUCGUGGCAUCAUGGUUCAUCUCCCCCCUGCUCUCUGGACUCAUGUCUGGACUCCUCUUCAUGCUCAUCAGACACUUCAUCCUCAACAAGGAUGACUCCGUCCCGAACGGCCUGCGAGCGCUGCCCCUCUUCUACGCCACCACCAUCGGGAUCAACACGUUCUCCAUCAUGUACACUGGAGCCCCGUUGCUCGGGUUGGAGAUGCUGCCGGUGUGGGCCAUCUUUCUCAUCACUUUAGCCGGGGCGCUGGUCUGCGCGGCUCUGGUCUGGUUCUUUGUCUGUCCCUGGAUGAGGAGAAAAAUAGCAAGUCGUUUAAAGAAGGAGCAGGCCCUGUCGAGGAUUUCCGAUGAGAGCCUGGACAAGAUCCCCGAAGAGGAGGAGGAGAGCCCCGUUUUCAAAGAGCUACCGGGAGCCAAGGGCACCGACGAGGCGGUGCUGCCGCUCACCGGCGGCAGCAGCGAGCGGAGCACCCGCGACUCCAGCGGAGAGCUCACCAACCUGGCCAACGGAGGCACCGUCCUGCCAAACGGCAGGGUGUACGGUCGGACCCACUCGAUGACCAACGGCUGCCUCAAGUCACCUGUCUCUAACGGCAGCUUCAGCUUCGACGGCCACAUGCGCAGCGACGGCCAGGUGUACCACACCGUGCACAAAGACUCGGGCCUUUACAAAGACCUGCUUCACAAAAUCCACCUGGGCCGCAUGGACGACAGCGACCGCUCGGGCUCCAACGCCGGCCCCGUGGACAACAACUACCGCCUGCUGCGCCGCAACAACAGCUACACCUGCUACACAGCGGCCAUAUGCGGCAUGCCCGUGCAGCCGCUCAUGCGCCAGGAAUCGCGCGAGGACAGUGAAAAGCUGGUGGGCGAAGGAGGCGGCAGGAGCAACAGCGUGUCCUACUCCAAGAAGCGGGUACGCUACGACAGCUACUCGUCGUACUGCAACGCCGUGGCCGAGGCCGAGAUCGAGGCCGAGGAGGGCGGGGUGGAGAUGAAGCUGGCCACGGAGCUGGAGGGCGUGGAGGAAGAGGGAGCUCCGGCGCCGGUGCCUCUAGACGACUUGGCGGAGGAGGAUCACGAGGAGAAGGACAAGCCCGAGGUGUUUCUGCUCUUCCACUUCCUGCAAAUCCUCACCGCCUGCUUCGGCUCCUUCGCCCACGGAGGCAACGAUGUCAGUAACGCCAUCGGGCCCUUGGUAGCACUGUGGAUGAUCUACGACCAGGGAGGUGUGAUGCAGGACGCCGCCACUCCGAUCUGGCUGCUGUUCUACGGCGGCUUAGGCAUCUGCGCCGGCCUGUGGGUCUGGGGCCGACGCGUCAUCCAGACGAUGGGGAAGGACCUGACUCCCAUCACCCCCUCAAGUGGAUUCACUAUUGAACUGGCUUCUGCACUCACAGUCGUGUUGGCUUCCAAUAUCGGAAUCCCUGUCAGUACCACACACUGCAAGGUGGGCUCGGUCGUGGCCGUGGGUUGGAUCCGCUCCCAGAAAGCAGUGGACUGGCGCCUCUUCAGGAACAUCUUCCUGGCGUGGUUCGUCACGGUGCCGGUGGCCGGCCUGUUCAGCGCCGCCGUCAUGGCCCUGUUCGUGUACGGCAUCCUGCCCUACGUCUGAGGGCCGGGAGGGAGAGCAGAGAGGAGGAAGAAGAGAGAGUCAGAGAAAGAGAAAGAGAGAGAAAGAGGAGAUGAAAGGAAAUGAAGCGAGGGGGAAUGGGAAGGGGAGAGAAGAGAAGAGAGGUGAGGAAGCUGCAGAGGUUUACAGAUGGACUCGGUUGUACUGUGGAUGUGAGGAGGGUUGGUUCACAUGCUGCCUGGCUCCGUAGUCCAGAGAUCUUUUGUUUUCUGAUCAGUUUUUUAUUUAUUCUCUUUAUUUUGGGUGCAUAAGAAAGUGUGUAACCAUUCAAUCUGCUGUACAUACGACAACAAUAGGGAGCUUACCAGUAACUUCUGUUAACCAGAAUUAUGUCAAAGUUUUCUAUUUCCUCCUUAAAAGAAUCAUGAAUUUAAAAAAAAAGAAAAGAAGAAGACAGCACAUGACUUCAGAUGAUCCAAAAAGAAAAAACGGUUAAUUCUGCACACCUCAACUGACAGACCUGCCUGAAUCUAUAUCCUUCUGCCUGCGACCCCAGGUAGCAUAGCUGGUCAAGUGCUUAUUAUUAUUAUUAUUAUUGUUAUUAUUAAUAUUAUUAUUAGCAUUAUUCCAAAAUGCGAGAUUUUAAAAGAUAAAGAAACAACAAGAACCCUGUACAUAUCGUUCUACUGGAUUGAGUGUGAUUUGUUGUAUUGCGGCUUGCUUUAAAGUUCAAAACAAAAGAAGAAGAACAGAUGUGUGUGUGUGCGUGUGUGUGUGUGUGUGUGCGUGCGUGUGUGUGUGCGUGCGUGCGUGUGUGUGUGUGUGUGGUCGACCAACCCAUCCAUCGCCUCACUGUCAACACGCUAGCCAGGUACAACUGGGGCCAAACGGGAAGGACGCCUCAGACGAGGGGUGGUGGGACUGUCACUCUGCUUUUUUUUUUUUUUGUAUUUUCCACAUGAUACCAUAGAAACCUAAUUUACUAAAGAGUUGAUUUUUUUGUGUGUCAAGAGCUCCUGUAUGUUUUUAGAGAUGGAUCUCAUAUUUUUUAAUGAUGUAUUAUACUGUAAUUUGUACUGUAAAUACUGUCCUUAAAGAGUCUGGCGGUGGGACGGGAGGGGAGGUUUGUUUUUAAUGUCGUAGUGUGGCGGCGGGCGGGCGGGGGGGGGGGUGGGGGGGCUCUUAACCUCAUCAUGAUGUCAUAACUUACAGUAUGUUUCAUCCCCGUGGCUCAUUGUAGAGCGGAAACACACUCGACGGAUCGAUUCAGGGGGAAAGUUUCAAAUGACGAACCUGCUGCUCGGUUCCUUCUGGUGCAACAGUAUUGAUAGGAAGUUCUUUAGCUAAAGGUUCCCUUCUGGAGAAAGUGUUUCUGGUGGAGGAAAGAGGGAGGUCGCUCCUUGGAGAGCAGAACCAUGCCAAAGUAAAGUUGUGCUGCGACAUGCCAAUUUAAAGUAGAGAGAAUUAGGAGUACAACCACGACAAGGUCCCACGAAACGUUCACAUAUCUUCAUCCGGAUGCCUUUGUUUAGCUCAGCUCCUGGAGUCACCUCGUGUCAAAGGCUCCCUGCCAAUAACGGGCCUCUCCGCGUUCUGUUCGGACCUCUCGGCCUGUUUCCUGGUCAGAUUAUCAGGGGGUCCUGCGGUUCUGUAAACCCGAGGCUCGUCGUGUCAAACUGUCUGGAAGGAGGAAGCGGUUCAGCUUCAGUGUAGCUCCUGAAAACGGGCCGGCGUUGUUUGAAGCGGCGUUCGGUCUCCAGACGACCCGCGUUUCAAUCUAAAGUGCUAAAAGUUUAGCGAGUAGGUACCACGGGCUGGAGGGGAGGCGCUGGAGGGUCUUCAGACUGCUCAUGUCACAUAAAAUAUCCAGACUCUGGUCAUUUGGUCUGAUGGAGAUGGUAUAUCUGGGGAGGGGGGGACAGUACUGAUCAUCACCAGCUUUUAACCGGGUCGCCCGACCUGUAGAUGAACAAAGUCUAAAGCUUUUUGUUUUUUAUUCGAACAAACUCGAUGCCAGGUGUUGCAAGUUCUUUGUUUUUUUGUUUUUGUUCUUGUGGUGUGUUUCCUAAUUUCGUUUUUUUUUCUUUCUCAUGAACAAAUCUAUGCUUAAGUAGCCACUUGCCUUGUAACAUCGUGUUUUACUUUGUGCAGAUACAGUAAAAAUAAUCCAGUACUGUGGUGUUUACAUCGUAACCAUAUCGUAGAGUAUCUGUAAAAAAAAACUACAAAAAAAAAAAUAAGUUGCCUAAUGAUGCCAAUGAAAGACAAAACUAUUAACCAUGAAUUUUUAAGUGCAAGUAUAUUAAAAAAAAAUAAAAAAUAACCAGAAGUGUCUAGAGAGAACGAGAGCGAGAGCAAGUGUGUGUGGCGCGUUGGGGUUUUCUUCUCUGUAGUGGUGGUAGUGCUAAUCAUGAUCCCGUCACUUUACACCGCGACUACAGCAACACUACAUGUGUGGGUGCAAUUCAGCAAUGAAGAGAAUAACUAGAGAAAUUUCAUCAAAACUAUAUAUUUUUCUACCAUAUCUGAGUUUUAACCUGGGUGAGCUUCCGGACACUCUGGAGGACGUGCCGCGGCGCCGGCGGGAGUCUGGUGGACCAGCUGUGGUCGGACCGCCGUCGGGUCUUGCUUCAGGGGGGGCCACGUGCCAGAGCUCCCCUCCGGACGCCCCGGCGGGUCCUCCUGACAUGUAGACUGACGUGUCGGUUGCCAGUAGAUCAGAUUUUUAAAUUACCAUUUUUAUUUUUGACUUUUAGAUGAAAACACUUUGUAAUUUUGUUUCCCUACUGCUUUGAUCAUGAGCUGCGAGAGCCGGACGGCAAAAAACCAGGACGACUGCUCACAAAUCGAAGGACGAAUCUGGUGUUUGUAGCCGAAAAAAAUGUCAAAUCUUAAACUUGGUAACUGAAAACUGGACUGUGAGGACAUUUGUUUCCUUGUUUUUGGCGGGUGGCCUCUCUUGAAGCUCAUGUCCUUCUACUCUUCUACAGGCGGUGGGUUACGCAGGGCGGCUGCUCGGCGCUGCUCUGCUCACUUUGACAGUCGUGCAUUUAAAAGUCACGACCAAGAGGUUCAGCAUUGUUUCCCAAAACAAUAAAGAGCUCAAAAAAAACCAAAAGUUUUCCACCGUUGUCUUUACAGCGAGCCGGCGUGUAACUGCAAAGCCAGCUGAGCAACGAACGCAGACAGAAACAGAGAAAGAGGAGUUUGACAACACAAGGAGCAGUUAAUCAGAUUGUUUAUGAACUCAACCUUUCUAUUUGCUGAAAUAGAAGCUUGAGCAUCAACCACACUAAACUAAAAAUGGGUUAAAAUCUACGGCUGACAUGAUGGAAAGAGUCAGUUAACAUCAGCAAACACACUAAAACGCAUGUUCUCCUCUUGUGGAGCCUAAACGUUCCUCCUGCUGCUCCGAGCGAGCUGUCAGCUGUUAACAUGUUCUACCUAAAGCUAAAAUUAUACUUUUUUUGUCUUCUAAGAUAAACAGACUUGACGAGAGUCUGAUGCUGGAUUUUCGGUAGUAAGAGAUUCUGAACCCAGUAUAACGUUGUUUAAAUGUUAGCUAUGUUGAAAAGGGAAAACGACGAGGUCUUUAUUCAUUAACUUUCCAGCGGUUUAUCUCCCACAGGAGAUAACAACCUAACCUCCGUCUGCUCGGCUGUGAUUCGUGCUCUGCUGCAUGUGCUGCAGAGAGUCGGAGCUGCUUUUCUAAAUCACCCCGAGCAUCUUUUUCUGUGUUAUGUUCGUUAAAAGAAAGUUUUAAUCGUGGUGUAUCCCAGCCAGGCUCUGAUUUUAACAAGCACAAUAAUAGCAUUCAACAGGUUCCCAUGAGAGCCGAGUUAGAACCUCACGGUGGCCGGUACCGGAUACAACAGUCUGUGUUUAUUCAUGGCUAAAAGAAAGAGUUCCUCUGUUAAUGUCUACAACAGUAGAAACCUGUUUAGUUUGACAAACAUGUUCAGUAAUUGGCCAGCGUCUCAGUAAACUGACAGCGUUAGCUCGCUGCGUCGCCGGGACGAGGCUCGUGGGAGUUUUGGCGAACAAUGACCUGAACCUGAAUCCACUUUCUUAUGAGGUUUGACCGUCUUUGGGUCGCUUCAGAAACAUCGGCGCUCCGCUCUGCAGCCCCCUCUGUAACUCACACUGUCAUUCUUUUUGUUUUUGUUUUCCAUGCAUUCUCAGUCCUGAUAGGCCAAAAGGGAUGCACUGCUCAAGAUGGGGAGGGAAAGAGAACAGCGCCAUCUGGUGGCAGCGCUGAGCUCCAAUUCUGACAGUUUAGUCGAAACAACAGAGGCUACCUGGGAUGUAAUAAACCAGUAAUGCUGUUUAGAUUUAUAAAAAAUGGAUUUGGAUUUGAAAAACUAUUUUUAAAGAGUUUAACAAACAAAAAUUCAGAAACGUUAACGUAAGGAAGCAAAACUGUCGUCAUGCUCUGAAUGAGAAGCACAGACUAAAAACGACAGAAACUUCAUGCCAAACUUUUAUUAUUAUUAUUAUUAUUUUGGCAUAAAAUUGUGUCUUCGUGGAGGAAUCGGCGCCACGAUGCUGAUCCGACUCUAUUGAGCCUUGUGAGAUAUUUUUAGCUUUAAAGUGUAAAAA